UCAUUACUCAGUAGUGCAGCACAUUCCCUGUGUGUAAAAACGCCCUCAGCCUACUCGUAGUCACAGAAAAUCAUUUACUGCCCUACAAAGAAGAGGGAAGAUGCUAUUUUUUAAUCUAGUUAUAUUCGGAUUGAUAUUCUACCAUACAGACGCUGUUCAAAACCUGCAUGUGGAGGAUAUUCAUUAUCGGACAAAGCGUGAUUUGUCGAGAAGCAGAAGAUCAGAAAUUCAGAACUUAUCUCCAGACAGCAGGCCAUCCUGUCCAUCUAGUCAGUCUGUUCCUCCAAACAGAAUAAAUACAACACAGAGAUUAAGGGACCUUAGAACUGAGAUGAAUCGGUUAGGAAUCCAAGCUUAUAUUAUACCAUCAGAAGAUGCACAUCAGAGUGAGUACACUUCUCCAUAUGAUAAAAGAAGACAAUUUAUAUCGGGUCUUUCGGGAUCUGCUGGUUAUGCGAUUGUGACUCAGACACAGGCAGCUCUGUGGACGGACGCACGUUACUUUUUACAGGCAGAAGAUGAGAUGGAUUGUAACUGGAUUCUAAUGAAAUUGGGUGAAACAGGAGUACCUUCUGCCACAGAAUGGCUAGUAUCAGUCCUUGAAGAUUCACCAAAUGCCAAAGUUGGAGCGUAUCCGUUCUUUCUUGGCAGUAAAAAGUGGGAGAGCUACGAAGAAGAACUUUCUAAGGAAAACAUCACAAUGACAAAGACAGAUGAAGACUUAAUUGACAAAAUAUGGACAACUGGACGUCCACAGGAACCUAAUUCUCCCAUAAACGCUCUUCCAUACAAAUUCUCAGGAAAAACCUGGCAGGAUAAGAUUACUGACAUUCACAAAGCUAUGGAGAAAAAAGGAACUGACUCUAUGAUUGUAUCAAGUCUGGAUGAAACAGCAUGGUUACUGAACUUGAGAGCUGAGGACAUUUUAUACAGCCCAUUCUUUCUCUCCUAUAUAAUUGUUGACAGGAAAAAGAACGAAACAACGUUGUAUAUAAAAGAUCAUACCAGGAAACUGACACAGCCUCCAACAGAUCCAGAAACUACUAAAAAACUACAUGAACAUCUUAACACAGGAAGUACAGGUUCUUGUAGUGGACAGAUGGGAUAUUGUGUAAUGGUUUUGGAAUAUGAACCGAAGGAAAUGAUAAAUAAGCUGAGUUCAGUGGUUGCUAACAGCGAGAAAGUCUUGAUUUCACCUUCAUGUAGCUAUGCAAUAUUUUCAGUUGUACCAAAGGAAAAGAGGGUACAGGAAAACACACCCAUAAAAUUACAAAAGGCAGAAAAAAAUGAAGUCGAGAAAAGCGGAAUGAUCAAUUCACACGUACGUGACGCAGCUGCAUUGAUAUCUUUCAUUGCAAAGUUGGAGAAGGAGGUUAAAGCGGGAAGGAAAUGGACAGAAUUGUCAGCGGCUGAAGAUCUGGCCAAAUUUAGAGGGAAGCAACAAUACAAUCGCGGUCUGAGUUUUGAUACCAUCUCCUCGAGUGGAUCCAAUGGUGCAGUGAUCCACUACGCUCCCACAAACCUGACAGAUAAAGAGAUAACAACAACAGAGAUGUACCUACUGGAUUCUGGAGGACAAUAUCUAGAUGGGACAACGGAUGUCACGAGAACAUUUCAUUUUGGAACUCCAACGGAUUAUCAAAAGGAAUGCUACACUCGUGUGUUGAUGGGGUCGGUAGAUCUUGCCAGAGUUAAGAUCCUGAAGAGUAAAAACGGUCCUCACGGUCAGGAACUUGACAUUCUGGCUCGUCGUCCUUUAUGGGAUGUUGGACUUCAUUAUAAACAUGGAACUGGUCAUGGAAUAGGGAUGUUCCUAGGGGUUCAUGAAUACCCUCCAUCGAUAGGAAUGAACGGACGUCCCAUUUCCUCCAAUGAUGCCCCAAUCAAAGAGGGACAGUUCUUUUCUGAUGAACCUGGUUAUUAUGAAGACGGCAGCUUUGGUGUACGAAUAGAGAGCAUACUGAUGGUUAAGGAAGUGGAAUUGAAGUAUAAGUUUUCCGACUCUAAAUUCCUUGGAUUCGAAACUAUCACUUUGGUUCCAUUUGAACCGAACCUCAUCCAAUACGACAUGCUUUCCGGAGAUCAGAUUGAAUGGAUCAAUGCAUUCCACAAAAAAGUUCAGGCAACUAUCGGUCCUCUGUUGAUGAAUAAUGACAGACAAGCUUAUGAUUGGCUAGUGAGAAGAACAAAGGCGAUAACUCGUCAAACUAGCGUUUCUCUAGGUUUAAACAAAUCGCCAUCUCUUUUACUUUUCUUGAUAUCAGCUGCUCUGAUGUUUAUUUUUUAAGUUCUUAUUUUUGAAAAAAAUUGCUCUAUAUAAUUAUUUAAUAUU